GCCCCCGCCGCCAUGUUCGCGGCGCCGCUGCGCCGGGCCCGCAGGUCGGUGUUUCUGACGGGCAGCAUCGCCAUGGCCACGGCAGGGAGAGCCAGGCCGCCCGGCCCCCCGCGUUACACCAACCGCCUGAUUAACGAGAAGUCCCCCUACCUCCUGCAGCAUGCCCACAACCCAGUGGACUGGUACCCGUGGGGUCAGGAGGCCUUUGAUAAAGCGAAGAAAGAAAACAAGCUGAUAUUUCUAUCAGUGGGCUACUCCACCUGCCACUGGUGCCACGUGAUGGAGGAGGAGUCCUUCCAGAACAAGGAGAUCGGUGCGAUUAUGAAUGAGAACUUCGUGUGCAUAAAGGUGGAUCGUGAGGAGCGGCCAGACGUGGACAAAGUGUACAUGACCUUCGUGCAGGCUACCAGCGGUGGAGGCGGGUGGCCGAUGAGCGUCUGGCUGACUCCGGACCUCAAGCCCUUCGCAGGGGGGACGUACUUCCCUCCUGAAGACAGCGCUCGCCGCGUUGGCUUUCGGACUCUGCUGCUCCGCGUCGCAGAGCAGUGGAGGCAGAACAAAGACACCCUGCUGGAGAGCAGCCAGAAGAUCCUGGAAGCUCUGCUAGCCAUGUCCCAGAUCCGCGUGCAGGGCCAGCAGUCACCCCCGCCAUCCGAGAAGGUGAUGGCCACCUGCUUCCAGCAGCUCUCCAACUCCUAUGACGAGGACUACGGCGGCUUCUCCGAGUCCCCCAAGUUCCCCACCCCAGUGAACCUGAAUUUCCUCUUCACGUACUGGGCCCUGCACCGAGCAACCCCAGAAGGGGCGCGGGCACUGCAGAUGGCUCUGCAUACCCUCAAGAUGAUGGCUCACGGGGGCAUUCAUGACCACAUCGGGCAGGGGUUCCACCGCUACUCCACCGACCAGCACUGGCACGUCCCUCACUUCGAGAAGAUGCUGUAUGACCAGGGGCAGCUGGCGGCCGCCUACAGCAGGGCCUUCCAGAUCUCCGGCGAUGAAUUCUUCGCCCAUGUUGCCGGGGACAUUCUGCUCUACGUCUCGCGGGACUUGGGCGACCAGGCUGGAGGUUUUUACAGCGCAGAAGAUGCAGAUUCCUACCCGACCACCACAUCCAGCGAGAAGCGAGAGGGAGCUUUCUGCGUGUGGGCGGCCGAUGAAAUCCGGGCUCUCCUCCCCGACCCGGUCGAGGGGGCUGCCGAGGGGACAACCCUGGGAGAUGUCUUCAUGCACCACUACGGGGUAAAGGAGGACGGCAACGUGAGCCCCAUGCAGGACCCCCACCAGGAGCUGAAGGGCAAGAACGUCCUCAUUGUCCGGUCCUCCCCGGAGCUGACGGCCGCCCGCUUUGGGCUGGAGCAGGGCCGGCUCAGCACCCUGCUGCAGGAGAGCCAGCGCAGGCUGCAGGCAGCCCGGGCGCAGCGGCCGCGGCCCCACUUAGACACCAAGAUGUUGGCCUCGUGGAACGGACUGAUGAUCUCGGGCUUUGCCCAGGCUGGGGCGGCCCUGGCCAGGCAGGAGUACGUGAGCCGGGCAGUGCAGGCGGCCGGCUUUCUGCGCAGGCACCUCUUCGACCCGGCCAGCGGGAGGCUGCUGCGGAGCUGCUACCGGGGCGAGGACAACGCGGUGGAGCAGAGUGCUGUCCCCAUUCAGGGGUUCCUGGAGGAUUACGUCUUCGUCAUCCAGGCUCUCUUUGACCUGUACGAAGCCUCCCUGGACCAGAGCUGGCUGGAGUGGGCCGUGCAGCUCCAGCACACGCAGGACAAGCUCUUCUGGGACCCCAAGGGCUUUGCGUAUUUCUCCAGCGAGGCUGGCGACUCCUCUCUGCUCCUCCGCCUGAAGGACGACCAGGACGGAGCAGAGCCCAACGCCAACUCCGUCACUGUCACCAACCUGCUCCGAGCAGCCUGUUACUCCGGCCACACCGAGUGGGUGGAAAAGGCCGGGCAGAUCUUGGCUGCCUUCUCCGAGAGGCUGCAGAAGAUCCCGUUAGCCCUGCCAGAGAUGGCCCGGGCCACCGCCGUAUUCCACCACACCCUCAAACAGGUGGUGAUCUGCGGGGACCCCCACGGAGAAGACACGAAAGAGAUGCUUCGCUGCGUGCACUCUGUCUUCAGCCCCAACAAGGUGCUGAUGCUGGCAGACGGGGACAGCGCCGGGUUCCUCUACCGCCAGUUGCCUUUCCUUUCGUCCCUGGAGAGGAAGGACGGGAAAGCCACCGCCUACCUCUGCAGCAACUUCGCCUGCUCCCUGCCCGUCACCUCGCCCCAGGAGCUGCGGGGGCUGCUCUGCCAAUGAGCCCCCCCACCCCGGCACCGUUUUUGCCAGCAGGAGGGUGAGAAGGAGCUGGAUGGACACCGGGCUGGGACCUGGGAAUGUGUUUGGGGGGGGGACACCCAUCAGAAAGUCACGCUGGGCACGAGCUGGGGGGCUCCUGGCCAUGGCUCAGCCCCUCCUGGCAAGCGUCGGGACCCAGGGGGACAGACCACGGCCAGCCUGGGUGCAAAGCAGGAGCUGCUGCGGGUGGGAGCACAAAAUGCAGCCCCUGCCACGGGGAGCAGAUGUGCUGCCAGCUGGGGCAGCCCCUGGUACCUCGGGGGGCUCAGCCCCGGCUCCCCAGCACCCCAAACCUCCUGGGUGCUUGGGGGGGCUGCAAGGCCCCGCCGGUGCCCACCUCCCCUGCACCCGCGCUUGCCAAGUCUUGUAGAGGGAAAAGAAAGCAAGUGAAAUACAAAUCCCGGUGUUAGCGCGGGAGUCAGAUGCGAAAACUAUUAGGGUUCCUAUAGCAACCCGGGGUAACAUUUUCAAAAGCACCUGGAUGGCUUCGGAGUCGAGUGCUUUUGGAAGUGUUACCCGUGAAGACAGCUGCGGUGUUUUUCCAUUACCGAGCAGCCCGUGACACACAGAACUUAAUGUAUAGCGCCUGCAAAAAGCUGCCCGUUCCCACAGCUGAGGGAAAUUUGCGCCGAGAGCAAGCCGAAGCACUUCCAAACCCGAGUCCCGCCCGGGCUUUGCCGAGGACGGAGACCUCCCCAGGGCUCAUUUUCUAGCAGGGGGCUGGAGGGUGCAGGGGGGUGAGGUGGGUCGGGCAGGGCUGCGUUUUGGGGAUGCGGGGGCUGCCCCCAUCCUGGCACCUGCUUCUGCUUGCGGAAGGCCAGUGCCAGCCGAAGAAAUAACCCGCAACGGGCCUUUAGGGCAGCGUUAGCAAAAAGGGAGGUCUGCUCUGAGCUUUCCCAGCAAAGCCGAGGCUGGACCGAGGGUCCCAUCCGUGCCCCCGGGGGCUGCCCGCAUCCUGCUGAUGGGGCCCUGCUGGGCUGGCGCUGCCCCCUGCUCGCCCCCCCCCCCCUCCUUUGAAGGGAUUUUGGGAGAUGGCAAGAGCCGGUGGUUGCCUUCGGAGCUUUCCAGUGGGUCGUGCCAGGGUUCGGGGUACCCGGCCAGGAGAAACGCCUUUGAAGUCAGAGAGGAAUUUCGCACCUCAUCUCGUGAACACUUUCUGUGCUUGUGGAAGGGGAGUUCUCCCCCCCACCCCUUUGUUUUAAGAACUGAAGUGUUUCUGGAAACCCAGACGAAAAUCGCUGGCUUUAGCAGACGGCUGGUUGUGUGCUGCUUUUUUGGGUUUGGGGGAUUUUUUUUUUUUGGGGGGGGUGAUUGUUUUUCAACUUGGCGCCUUUGCUGUGGGGUUGAUGUGACGUCCUGGAGCGACGCUUCCCAUCCUCACGAGCCCUUGGAGCAGGUCGGUGCCACAUUUGUGCCAGGAGGGCAUCGCCGAGAGCCGGGGAGCCCAGGGCUCGGGGCUGGGGUGACCAAGGAGCCGUGUGGGUGCCCGCCAGACCCCAGGGUGCGGGCACGGGGUGCCUUCAUCCCGCACCCUCCUGCUGGUUCUCGCGUCUCCGUAAGCAGCCACUGGGCAAAAAUGCGCUGCGAAGGGUCUGUCAGGAUUAAUCGGGCUGACCAGUCAGGAAAUAAAUAAAAAGCGAGGUUCUCUGUGACAAACAAACGCUGUUGUGGCACUUGGUCGUGGGGCGCUGCCCUGCGUUUGGUGACAGACACGGGGGGGCUGGCGGGGGUCUCGCCCUGGGGCCGCGCCAGGGAGGCUCGGGGGGCAGGAGGCAGCACCCCUCACUGCCCCCUCUUCUAUCCAGCUGCAGAGCUGUCCGAAAAAAAUAAAAAAGCCACCACAAACUGCACUG